AUGGCUGUUCAGUUACCAUCUAACUGGGACAUCAAGCGUCUUGCUCGCGCAGUGAAAGCAGUUCCACUUCUCCGCAUUGGUGCACCAACCGAAGACGAGAUUGGCCACUGCAAGUCGGUCGAAGCUCGCGAGAUUGGUUCCACACCAAUUGUCAUCUUCGAAGCCGAUGGCGAGAUCUCUACUGUCAUCAUCCGCGGUGCUACACCAAAUCUUAUUGACGACAUCGAGCGUUCCCUCGAUGAUGCAGUCAACUCAUUCAGAAUCCUCACAGAGCAUCCACUUCUUGUUCCAGGUGCCGGUGCAUCAGAGAUGGAGCUUUCCACACAGAUUUCUAAGUUUGCCGAAUCACGUCCUGGCAUGGACCAGUACGGCAUCCGCAAGUUUGCCGAAGCUCUUGAAGUUAUUCCACGCACCAUUGCAGAGAACAGUGGCAUCCGCAUUUCAGAAUUCAUGGCCAAGAUCCGUGCCUCACACAACAAGGGCGAAUCUUCAUCAGGUGUUGAUGUUAUCAAUAUGGACAUUGGCAAUUCUAUUGAACUUGGUGCCUGGGAUAUUGCCCAUGUCAAAGAGUGGGGCAUGAAGUUUGCAUGCGAAGUUGCCUGUACACUUCUUCGUGUUGACCAGAUCUGCAUGGCUAAGAAAGCUAGUGGACCAGCUCCUCGCUCUAUGGGAGCGCGCGAUGAGGAUUAA